AAGCAUUGGUUGCCGAAGACGUAUUCGAACCCGGAAUCUUCACGGAUAGCUAGUUACGGUUACAAAAUGUACAGUAAUUUAAAAUAGAAAUACACUGAAUUCGAUCGCAACCUGCUGCAUAUUUGCACUGCUCGGGCUCAACCAAGUCAUUUCAUAGAAAUCAACAUAACAUAUCCUAUUGUAGGGGUUAAAAUUUUAAUAUAGAGGAAAAAAUGCUCAAACAAAUUUCAUGACAAGAUGUAUUAAUGAAAUAUUUUCCCAACAGUAAUACGUAAUACGAAAGUGUUUAGACAACACUAGCAAGCAGCUAUGAUUAACAAGCAGCUCCGAAGCUGCCUUUAUAAGGUGUUAAAUAACAAAAGGGAGCAGUUGGGAACCUGCCUUUAUUUAUAAGGUGUAAGACAACAUAAGCAAGCAGCUACGAAGUUGCCUUUAGGAGGUGUUAAAAGACAUCAGCAAACAGCUACGAAACUGCCUUUAUGAAGUGCUGGACAAUAUAAGGAGGCUGGUAGGAAACUGCCUUUAUAUGAUGCGAGACAACAUUAGCAAGGUGCUGGGAAACUGUCUUUAUGAGGUGUUAGACAACAUUAGCAAGGUGCUGGGAAACUGUCUUUAUGAGGUGUUAGACAACAUCAGCAAGCGGCUGGGAAACUGUCUUUAUGAGGUGUUAGACAACAUCAGCAAGCGGCUGGGAAACUGUCUUUAUGAGGUGUUAGACAACAUCAGCAAGCGGCUGGGAAACUGUCUUUAUGAGGUGUUAGACAACAUCAGCAAGCGGCUGGGAAACUGUCUUUAUGAGGUGUUAGACAACAUUAGCAAGCGGCUGGGAAACUGUCUUUAUGAGGUUUUAGACAACAUUAGCAAGCGUCUGGGAAACUGUCUUUAUGAGGUGUUAGACAACAUUAGCAAGCGGCUUGGAAACUGUCUUUAUGAGGUGUUAGACAACAUUAGCAAGCGGCUGGGAAACUGUCUUUAUGAGGUGUUAGACAACAUUAGCAAGCGGCUGGGAAACUGUCUUUAUGAGGUGUUAGACAACAUCAGCAAGCGGCUGGGAAACUGUCUUUAUGAGGUGUUAGACAACAUCAGCAAGCGGCUGGGAAACUGUCUUUAUGAGGUGUUAGACAUUAGCAAGUAUCUACAAAGCAGCCUCUUAAACGUUACUCAACAGUAAUGUGUUAUCUGUUCAUACAAUAUUAACAAGAUUCUAAUAAAAAAUCAUUGCUAUCCCAAUUUUGACUCACAAAUCCACACAUGGUGAAGCAAGCCCUCCUCGUGUUUCCACAGCAUAUGUGAACUAUCCUGGUGUUUAGACACCAUCAGAAAGGCAGAGAUAAUCACCUUUCAAGUAACAUUGCAAGAGACUGUAAGGCAUCGUUAACAUUUGAAGGAAGUAUAUAAGUUUUUUCAAUUAU